GAACCACCCAGAGAGAGAGAGAGAGAGAGAUCACGACAGCAUCUGCGAGUCGAGGAAAACAACACUCUGAUUCAAUUGUUGCGUUAGUCGUGAUUGCUGUUCCCAUUCUUCGCUGACCUCGCGUGUCUCAGCCCUCCGCCCUCCCCCCACCCCCUUGUGCGCGCCGCCAACAUUCUGCGCUGACCUCGCGUGCCCCCCCCCGGCCCGUCAUGGCCAUGCACGAGCGGGUGCUGGGCGUGCUCGGCUGCCGGCACGUGGACGACGUGCUGCUGGACGCACCGUGGGUGAUCACUCGCGAGAUGGUCGCCACCCUGCAGCUGAGCGUCGUUGUCCGCGGGACGACCGUCCGCGACUGCGAGGACGCCGUCGCGGGGCCCUGCGAUCCGCAUGCGGUGCCCGUGGAGUUGGGGAUCCACGUGCAGCUGGAGAGCCAGGUCGGGCUCACGCUCGAUGCCAUCGUGGACCGCCUGCAGGGCCGAAGGAAGGAGGUGGAGGUGCGCCAGGCGGAGAAGCAGCGCAGGGAAGGCGAGUGGUACCGGCAGAAGCACGGGCUGUGACCUGGGGCUGGCAGGUUACCGCGUCGCUGCAGCGGGCUCCUUCGGUGGCCGCCGGCGUUGCGGUUGUGAGUCUCUCUCUGCUCCCGCACAUAAGUCCCCGCCCUCGCAGAGA